CUGGUUUCAUCAAUACAACUCCAACUCUAUAUUAUAUAUCAAGAGACAACAGAAGAGAAGAGAAGAGAAGAUCGAUGGAAGGUAAAAGUAGUCUUAUUGCGAGUGCUCUUUUGCUAAGCCUUGUUUUGGGACAAAUUCAAGUUGAGGCAAAGAGUUGUUGCCCAAGCACCACUGCCAGAAAUAUCUAUAAUGCCUGUCGCUUAGCGGCUGGCUCCAGGCAAAUGUGUGCAUCACUUAGUGGAUGCAAAAUCAUUGAUGGGACAUGUCCCACUGGUUGGACUAAUGAUAUUCUCGAAAACACUGGUGUCGAUGAAUACUGCAAGUUGGGGUGUGCAUCCUCAGUGUGCGCUGCCAUAUCCACUCUCCAAAAUUCUGAUGCAAGUGAUGCUGUGAAUGGAGCGGUUGAAAAAUGUACCCAGGCAUGUUCUGCUUUUUGCACCAAGGCUUCUGUUGAAACUGCCUAAACAAGCAUGCAUGCAUGCAUGUAUAUCCACAUUGAUACCUUGUAAAGAUGAAGGGGUAUACAUCCAUCUAAUAAGUGUUGCUUUUCUUGCUUUCAAUAAUUGCAUGUCAUGUAUGAGACAAAAAUAUGCUAGACUAGUCUCGUAGUCUAGUCUUUCUGUUUCUGUAUGUCUGUCUAUGUAGUAGAAGGUUGUCGAUCCUAGAUUGUAUAUCCUUCUACUUAAUUACUCUUAUCUUGUCAAUAAAAAGAGUAAUUAAAUUUGUCCUACAA